AACUCUGGCUUUACAAAAUUUACAGUUUUAAUGCUUCGUUGAUGCUGGAAACUCUUAGAGGAAAAAGGAUGAUGUUUGUAGGCGAUUCAUUAAGUAGAGGUUUCUUCUUUUCCAUGAUCUGCCUUCUUCAGAAAUUCAUUGGGGACAAUGCCAAAUCUAGUGUUGCAUAUGCUGACCAGAGAAUUAUUUUUACAGCCAAGAGAUUCAAUGAAUGUGCAUGGACAACAUUGGAGAGGAGUUAAUAUUUUAGUGAUACACACUUAUUUCUGGUGGUUUACUGGAGCUGGAUACGUCAAGAUAUUGCCAGGACCAUUUGAAGACAAGGUAAACAGUAGUAUAGAUGUGCCCCCAGAAGAUGCUUAUCGAAUGGCAUUGGAGAGCAUGUUGAAAUGGAUAGAGGAGAAUAUUGAUACAACUAAAACAAGGUUAUUUUUCAAUGGCAUCUCAAUAACUCAUGGAAGUAAUAUUGUAUGGGGAGGCGAUCACAAAGGUAAUUGUUAUAACGAAACGAUUCCUGUAGAAGAUCCUAAUUACAACAUACCAACAGCAUUUAAAAAGACAAUGCGAAUCGUUGAUGAGGUGCUCAGCAAACCGAAUGUGCAAAUAACAUUCCUAAAUAUCACAAGGCUAUCAAACUAUAGAAAGGAUGCUCACGUAUCAAUGUACCAGAAACAAUGGCGAAAUACGACAUCAAAAAAUGUUGAUUGUAUCCAUUGGUGUUUGCCCGGAGUUCCAGAUACAUGGAGCGAGCUUUUGUUUGCCAAGCUUUUCUAUCCUUGAAAAUUAUCAAGAAAAUUUUUGUACAAUAUAGAUUAUACCACAUAUUUAUCUUACCACUCUCUAAUUUUUUUUU